GAUGCUUAACACUCCGAAACGAGGCGCGCAUCCAUUAGUCAAUUCGUUCGAAGACAUUUCGCACUAUUGUAUCUAUUGAUUUAAUGAGUGAAUAUUACAUGACGGUUAUAUACUUAAGUGCACAGUGAAUUAAUAGAGGAGAAUGGAGGUUGAAGCUACACCAGAGGUCCAAUCUCUGAUUGCCAAGGCUUUUGAGGCGAGUGAGAACAACUCUACUACUACAGGCCUAGGAGGCUCGGAACAAUACCUUGUCAUACCACCAGAUCAUGUCAAUGAAGAAGUGAUUGUGAUAGACACAACAGCCACUGAUCAUGCACACCGUAUUACUCGAUUCAAAGUUGCAGACAACAAAUUAUAUUCAAAAGUUGAUUCAGAACGUCAAAUAGUGGAAGAACAAAGUGCAGAUGCAUCUAUGGAUUGUAGUACAUCUGGUGAAAAUGAUGGUGGGGAAGAAGUCGAUGCUGCGUCCUCUAUCAUGGCUAUACAAGCUGCAUCAAACACCUGCAGUAAGUCGUUGACAUUUGAAGUGAUUGAUUCAGCCUCACAAAGGGGCCUUCCUAAAUUGAUGGAUAACUUUGGAUAUGGCUACACUCUUCGCCGCACAUCAUGUGUCAAUGCAAAGGCAAAAGGGAAGUGUAAGGGAAAGCGAGAUCAGGCUGAUCGAAUCCAAAGGAGGUACUGGAGGUGUGCCGUGAGGGGGAAGCAAUACAGCUGUGGAGCCGGUGUGGUUCAGGAGGGUGAUGAUUGCUUCAUGCGCAACGACCAGCCACAUGGACAUUUACCCAAACCAGAUGGUCUUAACCAAGUCAAGAUCAGAAAACAGAUAAAGAUGAUGGCUAAACAGAACAUGCUGGAUACUGGUCCAGCUGUCGUCAACACUGUGCUGCUGGAGAAUGCUGAAGGAGAUGAAACAGAGUGUAGUCGAUCAAUACAUGCCAAUCUGGUGAGGACAGCCAACCGUAUUAGGGAAAAGAUGAAAAAUAAAGUGGAUAUAAGUGUGGAAAAUGUGUUGAGAAAUGUACUACAGUAUUUUGAAGAUGAGGAGAGAGCUGGUACUACAAGAAACAUAAACAGCCCCAUGAAGAGAUUAUAUGAAGCCACAGGUAUACCAACACGUGUAUUGAAGAAGAAAUUGGAUUUUGCGAAUGACAAAGAUAUGGCUAUCAAACGUUGUGUUGGGGGAGAAAUGGAAUCAAUCAAGGGAAGACUGGAGGAGGCGGCAGAGGAAGCUCUCAUAGAAGUUGUACAAGAAAUGGAGAGUAAGAAUAUAACCUUUACCACAGUGAAUCUGAGGACUGCUCUUAAAUUAAAACACCCAGAUUUGAACAUCACGCAAACACUUAUUGGACAAAUUCUACGCAAGCUUGGAUAUGAGACGAAAAAUACAAAAAUAUGGGAUGUUGGAAUUCAGAAAAAAUCUCAGGAACAGGAAAAAAAGUCAAAUCCUGAUGUCAUCAAACUGGUGAAAGGCAGAUGAGCACCUCCAUCAUCAGGCAUUGGAUCACUUUACAGACCUUGGCCAUUAACAUUACAUACUGUCUUGUGGAAUUGUGCAGAUGAUAUUUCAACUUGAAGUACAGUACAGUACAGCGGUAACACCCCCAGAAUACCGUGUCAAAGGAUUGGACUUCUGCCUGCUGUUACUGAACUCACAGUGGGCAGUAAAAUCUAGGGAGGAAUUUUUUUGUGUUCCUAUUCAAUGUGUAAAGCCAUUAUCAAGAUGAUAUUUAUAUCUAAGCACUUUUUCUCUAGAGAAAUGUUGUGUACUUACAUAAGUGAGAUGGCUACCUUUAGAGUUGAGAUGAUUUUGUUGCUAAGUUCAUGGAGUAUAUGUCUUUUUAUAUGAGGACUGGAUGAUCUAACAGGUAUAUUGGAAAUCCAGAGACUUACAUGUAGUGGAAAACACAUGACGUAGGAACAGAUGUAAAUAAGUACGACCCUCAUGAAGUUCUAUUCAUUAUGCUAUCGCAUUUCUAUCCAGUCAUUUUCAGUCAGAUGCUUCAAUUUCUUUUUCUUGCGUCAGCGUUCUUAUCAAAUGCAAGGGUGAUUGUAUGUAAGUUUACUCCGACCUGGGAUUUAUACCCCACCUAGUGCCAGGAGGGUAUAAAACGACAACAAAUCGUUUAGUAUAAAACAAAAACUCAACCAUAACAUCUAUCUACUUGCAUGAAAAAUAAAAUCUCUGAAAACAGUUCACAUUUUUUGACGAAAUAUGUGGUUAGUCUUACUGAAAGCAACUUAUUUUAUAUUUUAUAACUUGUAGUAUAAUUUUACCUGUCAUCUGUAAUUUCACUGUAGAUUUAUCGGAAUGAGAUAAACAGUGUAUUGAAUCGUUUAAAAAAAAAAUCAGCUGUAGAUAUUGGCAUAG